UCUGUCUGUCUAUCUGAAGUUAAUAUGGCGGAGGAGCAGAAGAACCCAGAAACCACGAUUAAUGAAGAAGGUCCUAAGAAAACAUCAUGGCCGGAAGUAGUCGGACUCACCGCCGACGAAGCGGAGAAGAAAAUAAUAAAAGACAUGCUAUGCUUUACUGAAGUACAUCUUAAAGAUCAACCCGUCUUUUGCGAUUACUGCGAUAAAAGGGUUCGAAUCUUCGUUGAUUCCGACGGAAAAGUUGCCUACACUCCUCACGUCGGCUGAUUCAAACACACUCUCCUCUCUCUCUGUCAAGAUCUGUC